UGCUGCAGGGGAGGUGGCAUGGAGCGCGCCGCGGAGGCGCGCCGGAGCCCCGGGAGUCAAGGCGAGAGCCGGGAGGAAGCUGCUUCGCGUUGCCAACCUCCAGGCGUUUCCAAGUGGGACAUCCGACAGAAGAUUUGGGAUUACCUGGAAGCCAGUAAUUUAGCUGAUUUCCCCAGGCCUGUCCAUCACCGGAUCCCUAAUUUCAAGGGUGCCCCUCGGGCCUGCGCAAGAAUCCCGGAUUUGCAGGAGUUCCAGUGCGCCAAGAUCAUUAAAGUAAACCCUGACGCACCCCAGAAGAAUGCCCGCUUUUUAACCCUGGAAGCCAGGAAAACCCUCUUGGUGCCAACCCCGCGGCUGAGAACUGGACUUUUCAACCAGAUUGUCCCUCCCCCUGGAGCAGGCAAAGACACCCUGAGAAAAUGUGCUACCUCACAGGGUGUCAGGGAUUAUAGCGUGCCGAUAGGGCUCGAUGCAAAUGUGCACGUCGACCUCGUGGUGGUGGGAUCCGUGGCUGUCUCUGAGAAAGGCUGGCGAAUCGGGAAAGGGGAAGGCUUUGCAGACAUGGAAUACGCCAUGAUGGUCUCCAUGGGUGCUGUGAGAGAGGACACGGUAGUCGUUACGGCUGUUCACGACUGCCAGGUAGUGGAUAUACCAGAAGAGCUGCUUGGUGACCACGACAUGACUGUGGACUACAUUUUCACCCCAACAAGAGUGAUCCAGACGGGCUGCAAGCGUCCAAAGCCCCAGGGGAUCCUAUGGCACAAGAUCAGUUACAAGACAAUGGAGAAAAUCCCAAUUCUCAAGAGCCUUCGUUGCAGAGAGGAAAAAGCCGGGAAAGAUGUCACCCUCAAAGAGGAACGGACAGAUGUUCCAGCUGUUGUCAAGCCAGCCAGCAGAGCCCGGGAUGCUAGGCCUGAAAGUGCCAGGUUGCAGAACGAGUCCAGCGUGUGCCAAAGAAGCCCAGGGGAUGAGUCUCGGCCCGCUAGCUCAGACCAUCUUCAUGAAGUUUCCAGUCUGUUUGUGGGGAACAUCCCUCGGGGAACCAGGGUGAGCGACUUCAAGGCUGUCCUCCGGGAGCGCCAGGCCACACCUGUGCAGCUCACCUGGCAGGGAGCGCAGCACCGAGCGUUCCUCCGUUACAGCGAUAAAGCGGCAUCCGAUGCCGCCUUGGCGGCUUUGCAAGGUCUGACGCUCCAAAGUUGUGCCCUGAGAGUGGAACCUGCCAAGGCCCAAGGCAGCAAAAUGGCUAGUGGACAGUGACGGGCAAAUAGGAAAGGCAACCCCGUUCUUGGUGUGGCUACCCAACAGAGCUCCAAGUCAAAGAGUUUUUGUCCCUUUAGUCUCGGGGGCUUUAUUUUUGGACACAAGUGUUAACACAGAAUGGUUUUAAACUGCUUUGAUGCUCCCCUGGGAGAUAUUGUUUCAUUUUAUUUAUAUAGGAGAUUUAUAAGCUGCCCCUCCUGUGAAGGGGUACCAUUACUGGAACUUUACUGGCAAAUCCAGUUCCAACAGUCCUGGAGGGAAGCAACAGUUAAAACUGCUUUACAUACACAGGGUAAAAUGUACCUUGUAUGUAAAACCUGUUCACAACUUGCAAAGAACUUGCUGUGCUAUUAAAUGGCUUGAAAAUUCAGAAAUGUGAGAAGUUCUCCAUUUCUCUUACUCUUGUAUCCUUUGCUGUCCUCCUCAGUGGACAACAAUUCUCAAAAAUGUGUGUACAGCAAGGUUUUCUCACAAGGAAGCAUGAGUGCAGGGGGUCACAUGCAGAACUCUCAUAUAAAUGCU